CCUACCGACAGUACAGGGUGCUUACCGGCUCAGGCUACCCUCGCUACUACACUUACACUCCCUCAGAACAAAAGACAUACUACACCAAUCCGUACGUAGACCACCCAUACAGGUACUAUUCCAACAACAACAACGUCUACGUCACGGACAUGUAUGGAAGGACCACCGUCCAAUCUGGACUGAGCUCUCGAGCGGCCUACAGCAACCCGUACGACAUCACCUGCACGGCUUGCACGUGCACCAGCAGCACGUGUGGCCAGAACGCCAAGUGCUCCAUCAUAGGCGGACGCCCUGUAUGUUCCUGCCUUAGGGGAUACACUGGAGAUCCUCUCUCAGUCUGCACAAGGGCUGAAUGUUUGGACAACACCGAGUGCAGAGGCCACCAAACUUGUCAAGCAGGCAAGUGUCUGGACGUUUGCGCGGGCUCCUGCGGCGCCAACGCCAACUGCGACGCCAGGAAUCACGUCCCCGUCUGUUCCUGUCCCCCGGGGUACACCGGGGAGCCUUUCACUUCCUGCCGAAGGUUCAAUCCAGAGGAAUUAUGUCACCCCAGUCCCUGCGGCCCCAACACCAACUGCGAGGUCAGGAACGAAGUGCCCACCUGUACCUGCCUCCCCGGAUACCACGGUUCCCCCUUGGCAGGCUGCAGACACGAGUGCGAUAGCGAUUCCGAAUGCGGGCCCACCCUGGCAUGUAUCGAAUUCAAGUGCCAGAACCCCUGCCUGACCCAGUGCGGCACCAGCGCCGAGUGCGAGACCAUCAGCAACCACAGGGCCGUGUGCAAGUGCCCCAAGAAUUACUUCGGCAACCCGUACUCUUCCUGCAAGCCCGAGUGUUACGGAGACGUCGACUGCCCCAGUCACAAACCGGCCUGCUUCUACGGCAUCUGCAAGAGCCCGUGCGAGGGCGCAUGCGGCGUCGGCGCCAACUGCGAGCUUAGGGGACUCACACCCGUCUGCUCCUGUCCGAAGGAUAUGACCGGUGAUCCCUUCGUGCGUUGCAGACCCUUCGAGCCGAAAGACCUCUGCGAGCCCAACCCAUGCGGUGCCAAUGCUCACUGCGAGCCAGGAUUCGACAGGACCAACAAGGAACGUCCCGUAUGUACCUGUCCUUUCGGAUACAUAGGAGACCCCCUGAAGGCCUGCUUCAAGGGAGAAUGUACAGACAACAGCCACUGCUCAGACAGUCAAGCUUGCAUUGAAUACAGGUAA